AUGCCGGGUGGAGCCGACCUGCCGUACUGCAAACACCUUAACGGUCAUGGCAACCGAUUGCUGCGAGACUACGUGGCGGGUGGGGGCUCGUACUUGGGCAUUUGUGCGGGCGCCUACUACGCAUGUCGCCGUGUGGAGUUCGAGGUGGGGGGCCCACUGGAGGUGGUUGGUGAUCGCGAGCUAUGUUUCUUUCCGGGCGCUGCCCGGGGCCCUGCUUACCCCGGUUUCGACUAUUUGUCGGAGAGGGGGGCCCAGGCUGCACCGAUACGCUUUCGGCAGCCACCACUGUCACCACCAGCCGCUGCACCACCCAGCCUUACAACCAGCACCAUUUCGGAGCAGUACGGCAGGUCGUCAGCGGGGCAACGAAAUGAACUCGUGUGGCCAGCAGGGACACCGGGCCACGACGGCGGUGACGGCGGUGGUGGCGGCGGUGGGGGUACAGACGUUACACCGCCGCGGCUGAGUAGACAUCAUUUGGUGUUCCAAGGAAAGUCCGCUGACGGCAUCGGUGGCGGCGGGCGGGAAGACGGUGUCAGUGGCAGCGGUGGCAACAGUGGCGCCGUCAGGGGCAUUGGCGGCGGCAGCGAGCCAUGCCGCGACGUCCCGGACAGCGGAUGUCCUGAGGGGCCGUUGACGGGCAGGGAGGGUGGCGGCUCCGAAACCACUGAAAGGCUCCGGAAGCAGGGGUUGGAUGCGGUCCCACGGCCGUGGGAGCAUCCCGACGGUGCCGGCGGCGAGUACGACAACUGGGUCUACUGCAGGGACUACUCCAACGGUGGACCCGUGUUCGUAUUGGGGACACCAGUGUUGACGACGGGUAUAGGCUCGGACGCGGACGUCCCAUCCGCCACCACCUCGACUGCUGUCAGUACGGCCUGUAGUACGGGUGAUAGACGUACGGCAUCAGCCUCCUCGCGCUGCACUGACACGCGCACCAUCGUACAAGACAACCUGGAGAUUCUGGCGGUGUACCCCGAGCUUGGCGAUGCCAUAGCGGCCGUUAGGUGUCGAGUCGGCACAGGCGUGGCGGUGUUGUGUGGGACCCACCCUGAGAUGCCGCAUGAGGCGCUCAUGGCGUCCGUACAAUUGUACGACGAACAGCAGGCGCAGCGCUUGGCGAGGCUUGGCGCGGAUCUGGCUGCCUGGGAGGUGCAGCGGCAGAAGUUUUGGGCAGCGCUGCUGCUGGCUUGCUGUACUGCAACUGCGACAGAGAUGGUAUCGACGGCUUCGACAUCAAUGGCGACGGUUGGUAAAUUGGCGGCAUCGACGGCCUUGAUGCCGGUUACAGAGACGGCGGCGCAAUCUGGCGACGCGGCCUUGGACCAGAAGGCGGAGGCGGCUUUGGUGGUCGCGGCUGCUUAG